AUGAAUCGCUCAGCGUAUCACAACUACCCUUUCCUUAGCAUAGAAGAGUUUGCCGAGGUCUGUCACCACCUCGACAACAGAUACUGCCAGGCCACCUUGGGUCCCGUCCGCAAACAAUGGAAACUUCGGCUUCAUAAAGCGCUGGAUAUGGUCUUUGGCUCUGACUCGGGAUAUACUACGUUCGUACAGAUCACGCGACCUCUCGAAGAAACCGGAGACCUUGACGAACUGGAAUCAUUCUUGGAUAGUUUCUCCAUCGGCGCAAAACCUCGAGGCGAUCAGAUCCUAUCUAUGCAGGUUGACGAAGACCCUGAAGAGCUAGUCAAGCAGCCGUCACAGCCCAGGAUCGGUCACGUCAAAUAUGAAAUCCAUCUCCACCCAACCUACCAGGCCCCGUGCCUGUGGUUCAGCCUACAUGACCUGCCCGCAGACGAAGUAGCUUUUGACAUUGACACCGUCUUCCGUCGACUGGUACCAGACCAGUUCAAAAGUACCCUUCGUGGUGCUGGCCCUAUAGGAGGUAUCUCAGCUGACCAUCAUCCCAUCACGGGUGUGCCGGCAUUCUUCGUCCACCCUUGUCUUCUCGGCGACGCAAUGGCUGGCUUCGACUGCGCAAAGCAGGAUUAUCUCAUGGUCUGGCUAGGUCUGGUGGGCGGCUGCAUCGGGCUUUGGGUGCCCAAGGAAAUGGCACUCUUGAGUCAAGCGCCUCAAUAUCCAGGAGCAGCCACAUGA